AUGUCUGAUCUGCAAAAGCAAGUUGGCCAGCUGUUUGCGGUCGGAUUUCACGGGUACACUCCAAGCUCUGAGAUCAAGGUUCUAAUCCAUGAAUAUCAUGUGGGAGGCAUUGUUCUCUUCGCCCGCAACUACCAAAGCGCCGAGCAACUUCAGGUAGACCGAUACGCCGAUCAGGACUCACCGACGCUAACAUCUAGACAGGCUUUGACAUUGGCUCUGCAACAUGAAGCUCGACUAGCAGGGCACAAACGACCUUUGUUGAUCGGAAUUGACCAAGAGAAUGGCCAAGUUACUCGCAUUGCCCCUCCAAUGACCACCCAGAUCCCGGGACCGAUGGCUCUUGGCGCCACGCAUGAUCCAGAGUCGGCCUACCUAGCAGGAGUAGCUACGGGCGAAACUCUGGGCUUCUUCCGAGUUAACAUGAACUACGCGCCUGUCUGCGACAUCAACUCUGAUCCUCUGAAUCCGGUUAUUGGUGUACGUAGUCCGGGCGAUGAUCCAGAGUAUGUAAGCCGGUUUGCAAGUGCCACAGCGCGAGGUCUGCGCGAGAAGAACAUCAUUCCGAGUGUAAAGCACUUCCCGGGACACGGCGAUACAUCUACUGACUCUCACUAUGGCCUUCCGGUCAUUGAAAAGACAAGAGAUGAUUUGGAGCGAUGUGAAUUGAUUCCAUUCCGCCGUGCGGUUGCUGAGAAGGUCGAGACUGUGAUGACUGCCCACAUUUUACUGCCGCACAUUGAUGAUAAGCUCCCUGCUACGCUGUCUCCCAAGGUUCUUGGCAUUUUGCGCAAGGAUAUGGGCUACGAUGGAAUGAUCAUAACGGACUGUCUGGAGAUGGAUGGAAUUCGUGCUACACAUGGUACAGAAAACGGCUCGGUCCUUGCCCUUCAGGCAGGAAGUGACAGUCUCAUGAUGUGCCACACAUUUGAUGUGCACGUUGCCUCUAUCAAGAGGGUCACUGAAGCGGUGCAAUCUGGAGAGCUCACACAAUCACGAUUCAAUGAUGCUUGUCGUCAUGUCGCCCAAUUAAAAGACAAGUUCUUGAACUGGGACGUGGCUAUACGCAAAGGGGACUUUGCAGAGCUUGACGCACUGAAAAAGAAGCAUUCUGAGAUUUUCAAGGCUGUAUAUGACCGAUCAGUGACUCUUGUUCGCGACGAAGCCAGUAUUCUCCCGCUGUCGAGUACAUCUAACAUCGUUUUCCUCUUCCCCGGAGAUGGAACUCCUGCUGGAGGCGCCGUGGACGGAGAAGGCAUGGGAAAGGCCGGUGACUACGAUUCCGCCAAGUACCUCAACACUCUGCGAAGGUACAAUCAAUCUAUCAAAGAACUUAAAUACCCCAAAGACGGAUUAUCGGACGAGCAAUGGUCUGCCGUGAAAUCCGCUGAUGCCGUGAUUUUCGUUUCGAUGAACGCCAAAGAAUCACCAUACCAGCAAUCGCUAGGGAAUUUACUCCCCAGGCAUGUGAAGUCGUUGGUAUCCAUAGCUGCAUGUCAGCCCUACGACUGGCUGGAUGUUUCUGAAAUCAAAACCUAUCUGACCACAUAUGAGCCCACUGUUGAGUCUUUCUCUGGAACCCUUCCCAUUGGGCCAAGUGCUUCAAUCAAAUCUCCUGCAGCAGUGACACAUUUCAACGCCGAGAAGGAUCUGGAUUCAAUUGUUGCCGUCUGGAAGGAAGCUUUGCCAACAUAUGCUCUGCCAGCAGAGGCUCUGUACGCGCUGGUAGUUCGCCCCAAUGCGCACCAUUUUGUGGCUCGGGUAGGUUCGGGACUGGUGGGAUUCUGUCUUGCUUACAGCAAUGCUCAUGGCGAACCAAACUCGGUUGUUCACAUUGCUGUAUUGGCAGUGACACCGGAAUUCCAAAACCAAGGUGUUGGAACUGCUCUGUUGAACGAAGCCCGCUCAUUCUUCAGAAAGCAAUUCAGCAUGAACUGUCUGAAACUCGGCAGCUCAUUCCCUCGCUUCUGGCCUGGGGUACCUCGCGAGCUUCCCGGUGCUCAAGAAUUCUUCACGCACCGCGGAUUCCGACUGAGCCCACCCGAAGCCAGGUCCGUAGACUUAUAUCAAGACAUUCGAAAUUUCCAAUCGCCAGAGAAGUAUAUGAAACGUGCGCGGGAUCGUGGUUUCCGAUUUGCACCUCUCCAAGCUGAGGACUACGAAGAGUGUCUAGUCGGUCAGAGGAAGAACUUCUCCUACAAUGCUGGCUGGGUCGAGGCAUAUGUCAUGCUACACCCUAAAGACUAUCCCUCUUGCGUGAUGACAGCUUUUGAUUCCGAAAACCGUCAAGUCGGAUGGACCCUUAUGCUUCCUCCUGUCGCAGCCCUCAACGAAGCCUGGGCUUUCCCUCAGAUAUGUGGCCCCAACACAGGUCUAAUUGGCUGCGUGGGUGUUGACGGGGAUCACCGUGCAUCGGGAAUUGGACUGGCUCUCGUUUGCCAUGCUAUUGAGCACAUGAAGGAACGUGGUAUUGAAGGUGUCUUUGUGGAUUGGGUUGCUCUAGAUGGAUGGUAUGAGCAGCUUGGAUUCAAGACCUGGGGAAGCUAUCGGCCUGGAGAGAUCUGA